AUGAUCCGAUCCCUUUCGCCUCGUCCGACCAUAGCAAAAAGGGAUUUAGGACGGGCCGAACUCAUGCUUGCAGCCAAGCGAAUGAGGAAGGGGACGCAUAGCUGCGUUUCCUGCCGACGACGGAAGGUCCGCUGUAUCUUCACUCCAGGUAACUCUGAAAGGUGCGUCCACUGUAUAAGGCGACGAUCUACAUGUGUCCCACAGGGCUCGCAUAAAUCCGAGCAUAACCAUGACUCGAAUCAAACCUCUUCGGGGGUCUCACAAGGCGCCCCAAUGACCGUAAGGAAUUCACCAAACGCCCAUUCGGAUGCGUCAGUUCAUGUUAUUCUGGCACUUGCGCAGCUCAAAGAAAGAGUCAGGAUGCUUCUUAAGGAUGACCAACAACGUGCAAUGGGUGCGGCUGCCAACAGCGCAGCUCCUAACCCUGAUACUGUGCAAAGUGGCUGUGCGCCUAUCAUGAAGUUAUUGAAUCAUGAACUGAUUGGUCAACCUCAGCCCAACAAAGAGGCUUUGUCGAAUUUAACAAUUCCCCAACGGAAGGACAGCGCUCACCAUAAUUUCACAAAGCAUGUAGAAGAACGUGCUGAUUUUCUAUACGGACUUUGUUUGGCGUUGCCCUCCGAGUCAGAGAUGGUCGAGAUCUUUCGGACUCGAAGUCAUUGGUGGCAGACGUGGCGUGAAUCCUUUGCAUUGGGCUGGGGCGAAGAAGAUGAUUCUGACCUACAGAGCUUCGCAAUGCGGGCGUUUCGUACAGGGCAUCCUUGCCUCCUGGCAAUAUUGCUUCUAUGUUUUGCAUUUAGUACCGGUGACUUUGGAAAGUAUGUCCGUCCGGUGGAACAGUUGAUUUUACAUGAUGAUGAUCUUGCUGGUGGCAGAUAUGGCCUCCAAUGCUUGAUGGCAUUGGGACUAUGUUAUAUGAGUUCCCUGCAGCCUCGGCGAGCGUGGAUCGCGUACCGCAGGGCCAACACUCUGGCCCAACUGGCCGGUAUCCACCAGACGCAUAGGGACUCGGACGUCUUAGAUUCGCUCUUUUGGCAGCUGUUUAGUGCAGAUCGGUGGGUAAGCCUAAUGAUUGGGCUUCCGUACUCGGUUCCAGAGAACCUUUGCGACCUAUACAUCCCUCCCUUGGAAGAGACUACGCCGAUCAAAUUCCAUGCACGGCAUCUGGCUAUGUUGACUGGUCGGGUUAUUGAUUGCUUGCAAGCCAAGAAAGAGCCAACACUUUCGGCAGUCAUUAGAACCGAUGAGCAGAUCGAUGAAGUUACCUCGCAACUGCCGGCAGGAUACCUAGACAUGGAGCAGAUCUGUCUUUGCGAAGAUGUUUCUGAGAGGCAUGCACGGCUGUAUCGGCUGGCAAACAUUCAUCAGCUCAAGGCACACCUAUACUUACCAUUCUUCUUGCAGUCUUCGGGUAUAAGUGGGCAGGCGCAUGGCCGAGCUUCAUGUGUAAAAAGUGCACGGUCGCUGCUGGAGGCUUACUUAUAUCUGUAUGAGAGUGACCCUACGACAGCGCGCAUCGACAACAGCGUAAAGCUCUCUGGGUUUUCAGCACUUACCGCUGCGGCCAUAGUCUUCCUUCAUCUACUUGGAAGAGACACCUCGCGGGAGACACCAUCGAAACCGGACUCCGACUGGUAUGAUCAGUCUCUCAUCAGCCGGACGCGUUCUGCCCUCAAGGAUUGCUCCGAAGACCAACCAAGCUCGCUCAGCGGACAAUGCCAUACGGCCCUAGAUGAGCUAGUAACCAGUAGUCAAUCCUUAGCAAAGGGGACCAGUCAACAAAUCGCAGUGCCGUAUUUUGGUAUCGUGACAGUUAAUCGCAAGUGUGAUGACGGUGUUGAAAGAGCAGAUGGGACCUGGCAAGAUAUUCCGACCGGCUUGGACGCGUUUGGGCCAGGAACUACAGACGCAGACCAAUGCACUCUGCCGGUUUUGUUUGAUGAUUUAUUGUUCUCAUAUGUUGGUCCAUGGGUAGUUCCCAAUCCGAUUUAUUCGGACUUGACUACUCAUCAGGUCGAUGCCUGGCUGGAUUGGAUAUGA